GCCAUUUCCGAGAUGCAGCUGUUUGUAGCAUCUUCGGUUUUAAUCUCCAUCGCUCUUCUCGCCCCCAGAGUGGAAGGAGGAUGUUCUCUUUCCUGUGCUGAAGACCAGAAGCCUGUUUGCGGACACAGUCGGAAAUAUGGUUAUAAGAGCUUUGAAGAUAAGUGUGACUUGGAGCAAGCAAACCAUUGCAAAGGAGGAGAUUGGUGUCUGAUUCAUCAAGGAAAGUGCUCACAUACUGAAAUAGGAGGAUGUCCACAGUAUUGUGAAGAGGUUUGUGGCUACAGUCCCUCUCAGGGAUACAAAAGCUUCAUCAACAAGUGCUAUCUGGACAUAGAAUCUAGCUACUCAGAUUACAAGUUUGCUCACAAGGGUGCCUGCACUCCAAAAGAAUUGUCCUCUGCAAGAUGUCCUUGGGUUUGCCCAAAACUCUUUGCACCUGUUUGUGUGUACAGUCCCAACAGUGGUUACCGAACCUUUCCCAACAAAUGUUUGUACGAAGCAGAAAACAGGUGUCACUAUGGAAGUUACUCAUUGAAACACACUGGUGCAUGCACUGAAAAAGAGAUUGAUUCCAACUGCAAUUGGUUCUGCACAGAGGAAUACAGACCUGUUUGUGGCUUCAGCGAAGAAAAGGGCUACAAAACCUUUGGAAACUUGUGUAUCUUCUACAAAGAAAACUCCUGUCCCAAGUUUGAUUCCAAUUACAAACUGGUACAUUCUGGUGAAUGCAAAAAGGAAGAAAAAGAAUCAUUCUGUAAGCCUGGGUUCUGCCCAGAAACUGGGGAACCUGUUUGCGCUGUCAGUCUUCCGUACUAUCGAACCUUCCGCAACAAAUGUCUCUUCUACGUUGAGAACAGCUGCAAAUACGGAGAUUUCAAGAUUGUUCAUAAGGGCGAAUGCUCCGUUACUGAAACUGAGAAGAGCUGUAAGGAGAAGUGUUAUCACUCAGAGGAACCUGUGUGCGGUUACAGUUAUGCAAGAGGCUACAAAACCUUCACUAACAGAUGUUAUCUCAACUAUGAGAACUCGUGCUACGGAUCAGAUUAUGCCGCUGUUCAUCGUGGGGAAUGCAAAAAAGAAGAACUUGAAUUGUACUGCAAUAGCUUUUGUAAAGGAUACAAAGGUAAAAAAGUGUGCGGUGUGAGCCCAACAAAAGGUUAUACUACUUUCGAUAACGAGUGCUACUUGUACUCUGAAAACACCUGCAAAUACGGAGAUUAUAAAUUUGCCCACUUUGGGGAGUGUACAAAAAAAGAGAAUGGUUUGAUCUGCUUACCUGAUUUCUGCCUGAAGCCUGGAACGAAGGUUUGUGGAUACAGCAAGUCCAAGGGCUUCUUCACUUUUCCUAACAGGUGCCAACUGAACAAAGAAAACAUCUGUAACGGUAGAGACUACAUAGUAAAGCAUGAAGGGGAGUGUUCAGCUAGUGAAAUUGGAGGCAAAUGUCCGGUACUAUGUACCCUGCAGUACAGCCCAGUCUGUGGGUACAGUUCUACGUUCAGCUACAAGACUUUCUCCAACACUUGCAUUCUUGGGGUGGAGAACAACUGCAAAGGAGGAGAUUACAAGCUGAAUCAUCAGGGGGAGUGUACCAAGAAAGAGUUAGAGAAAAACUGCCAACUCCAAUGCACAUAUGAUUAUCGGCCCAUUUGUGCCAAGAGCCCCACCAAAGGGUAUAAAACAUUCUCCAACAAGUGCCAUUUCAUAUAUGACGUCUCAUGCUACGGAUCAGAUUACAAAUAUGAGUAUGGUGGUGUAUGCAAAAAGCACGAAGUGUUGCCAGUGCCACCUAAAUGGGACCAAGGGGACUGCAAAAAGGGGGCCAUAUGUACAAAAGAAUACAAACCGGUUUGUGGAUACAUCAAAAGUGACAGAAUGUUCAAGACAUUCUCCAACAAAUGUCUCUUCAAUGCUGAAAAAUGCAAAUAUAACGAAGAUCUAAUAUUUGCUCACGAAGGAGAGUGUUCUAAGGGUGAACUAGAAAAUGACUGCAAACGCAAAAUUUCUGAGGAAAUUUCUCCAGUGUGUGGUCGUAGCCCCACUCUUGGCUACAAGACUUUCAAAAACAUCUACCUGCUGCUGCUGAGUCUAAGUUGUUACAGAUCAGAUUAUUAUUUUGCUUAUGAAGGAAAGUGCCAACCAUCUCACCUUCCUCCUAUAUGCACGGAACUCUGUGUAAAAAAAUAUGACCCAUACUGUGGCUACAGCCCUUCCACAAAGGAAUUCAGUACUUUUGACAAUAAAUGCUGGUAUGAUAAAGAAGUCCAGUGUGCUUAUGGUGACCAUAUCUUGGCACAUAAAGGAGCCUGUACAAAGCCAGAGAUUGAAAACGACUGCUAUAGAGUGUGUUCGUCAAUAUAUGACCCAGUUUGUGCAUACAGCUCAUCUAGAGGAUAUAAGACAUACGAAAAUGUUUGCUCCUUCAUACGAGACCUAACCUGCAAAGGCUGUGAUUAUGUCUUUGUUCAUAAAGGGAAAUGCAGAUAUCCUGAAGGUCCUCAGGAAGGUUGCCCAUUAGCCUGCUCUCAGGAAGAAAACCCAGUUUGUGCCUUUAGCAGUAGCACCAAGAGCUACAAAACCUUCCUCAACCAGGAUCGACUAAAGGCUGAAAAUAAGUGCUAUUAUGGAGAUUAUGUAUUUGUUCACAAAGGAAAAUGCACUAAAGAAGAAAUAGGUCGCAAGUGUUACCGCAAGUGCCCGUAUGACUACAAGCCUGUGUGUGGUGUUAAUGUGAAAGAGGGCUAUAGGACUUUCCCUUGCUUGUGUGAACUGGAAGUUGCCAACAAAUGUGAUGGAGCAGACUACUCACUGGCACAUGUGGGCAAAUGUACACAUAAAGAACUUGGAGGUGCCUGCCGCCACAAUUGUCCUCUCCACUACACUGGACUUUGUGGAUACAGCAAAAUCAAAGGCCACAAAACGUUUGCCAAUGAAUGCUUCAUGGAUCGUGAAAAUCACUGCACUCAUUCAGAUUACAGAGUGAUUCAUAAAAGAAAAUGUACUCCUGUUGAAACAGGACACAAAUGUAACCGAUUCUGCAAACCAAUAUAUUCACCUAUCUGCACUAAGAGUCCAGAAAAAAAAUACAAAACUUAUGCAAACUUCUGUCUCAUGGACAAAGAUAACAGCUGCUAUUAUAAGGAUUAUAAUGUAAUACAUCAGGGAGAGUGUUUUCCUUGGGAGCUGUGUGUCAACUGUCGAAAACCCUAGUUGUAUCUCCAUUUAAUCUAUGAACGAAUUAAUUCUGAUUACAUAACUUUAGAAUAAUUCUUUUUGUAUCAUUUAAA